GGCCAGCUCCACCUUCCAGAGCUGGAAGAAAUCAUUUAGCCGGAAUGGGGAGGAGCAUGCUGGAUGUCAUCUCUGGUGCUCUCGGCGACUGGCAGGGCAGAGGUGUCAGCAGAACACAGGAGCACGAAACACCACACUGACGCCCAUUUUGCGCUCUCAGUCUUUCUGACAAAAAAGCUCGAUGGUAAAUGAAGAUCUACAUUUUGGCAACCUGAGACCAUGAAUUUGGGCCGAGAAGAUGGGAAAUGUUGUGCGGGGUGCCGUGGCCUUCGUGCCCUCCGAGAGAUGUCAACGCUUCUUAGUAGGCGACUUGAAGGAGAUGCCGCUUGAUCGUACUCUAGACCUGAGUAGCCGGCAGUUACGUCGCUUUCCAGCCAGAGCUUCUGCUUUCAAUGAACUAGUCAAACUCUAUCUAAGCGACAACCACCUGAGCAACCUGCCGUCGGAGCUGCGAAACCUGCAGAAGCUCCAGCUUCUAGCCUUGGACUUCAACCGUUUCGAAGAGCUUCCUCUGGUCGUAUGCAGCCUCGUUCAGCUGAACAUCCUCUACCUCGGUAAUAACCGACUGUACGGGCUGCCGAAGGAGCUGAGGCAACUCACCGAGCUUAAAACGUUGUGGCUGGAGACCAACUGCUUCACCAAGUUCCCUCGAGUAAUAUGCCAGCUUCCCAACAUCAAGACCCUUCAUUUGGGCUACAAUCAGCUACGUAGUUUACCCUCCGAGCUCGGGCGACUGGAGGAGCUGCGCAGCAUCUGGCUGGCGGGGAACGUGCUAAAUGACUUCCCUCCUGUGCUGCUGAAGAUGCAUUACUUGGAGGUGAUCGAUGUGGACCGCAAUCGCAUUCAGCAGUUUCCGUCGCUGGCCUACUUAAGAGGCUUGAAGCUCGUCAUCUACGACCACAAUCCCUGUGUGAACGCACCCGUGGUGGCUGAGGGCGUGAGACGGGUCGGGCGCUGGGCCGACAGCUCUGAUGGUGAGGAAGAUGAGGGUGAUGGAAAUGUUGUCCAAGCAAGCGUGAAGGUCCAGGGAUCACUGGAAGACAUCGAGUGAAGAAGAUCAGUGAGGAACCGUAGAGCAAACAGCUAUGUGAUACAAAGAGCAUCAAGAUAAUGAUGAGUUUUUG